AAUCUUACCAGCCAGUUGUUUGUGCAACCAAAAUAUUUUAGCACUAUACCUUUUCUUUCUUUUGCUUUUAUUGCUCAACUCUUUCAGUGCAUUCUUCUAUUCUACACUACUUAUCUUCGAAAUUGUAGGCUCUUAGGCAUUAAAAAAAAACAUCAUGGGCAUCACUGGGGUAUGCGUAAGAUUAAUUGGAGACAUGUUGCAUGCAUUUGGAAACUCAAAACCAAGCUCAGCAGCUCAUCUUGAUGAAGACCAUUCUACAUGCAAGCCACAAAAUGCUUGCAAAGUUGAUGACACAAUGGUUAGAGCUCUAAUCACUGUGUUUGGCAUGGAAAACAAUGGAAGAAUCAAGAAGGAAAAUGCACGUCGAGUAGUGGAGAAGCUUGGUUUAACAUAUAGUUCUGAAGAAGACAAGUCUAGCUUUGAGCUACCUGCAGGUGAUCAAGAUGGUGUUGGCCUAGAAGAUGAUGAAGUGCCUGUAGAGGAGGUGCUUGGUGGAUUGGAGGACAUGUCAAAGCGCAAUGAGCUACUACAUGAAGCCUUCAAAAUCUUUGACAAGGAUGGUAAUGGAUUUAUAGAGGCAGUGGAGUUGAAGAGGGUGCUGGAUUGCUUGGGAUUGGACUGUGGGUGGGAUAUGGGUGAGAUUGAGAAGAUGGUAAAGGCUGUGGAUUUGAACUUCGAUGGGAAGGUUGAUUUCGGUGAGUUUGAGUUAAUGAUGAAGUAAAAUGUCAUUACAAGGAACAGAUUAUUAAAUUUGUUCUGCUAAUUGUAUAUUGUUCUCAAAUUUUCAUCAAUA